CACGUCUUAUCUUAGCCAGAGUUCUGCAGUUGCUUUCCUGCAUCUUUGGUGACGUCACAAAAGGUGUCCUGCAUACACAUCCUCCCUGAGCUAAGCUCCUGGCUAAUCUUUCAUAUCACUUCUUCUGUUUCCUUUCUGGUGCUUGCGCUAUUAGAUUGUGGUGAUCAGAUGUUCUGCAUUUCAAUCUCAUCAAAAAUUAAAUUGAUAUUUAUGGGCUAAUCUGGAAACCUAAAUACAGUUUAUUUCACUACAACUAUAAAAAAAUAUGUUCAACUUCCCAUUGGCUGACUUAUAAAGGGACUUCUGGACUACAACUUAAUGUAUGAAGUACUCAUUAAGCCCUAACAAUUACCCUGAAGAUGGUAUUAUGAAUAUGGCAACUUUUCUACGGGGAUAUGAAGAAAAGGGGAUAAAGAAUGACAGGCCUGAGGACCAGUUGAGUAAAGAGAAAAAGAAAAUUCUAUUCUCCUUCUGUGAGGUGUGCAACAUCCAGCUAAACUCCGCAGCUCAGGCCCAAGUCCAUUACAAUGGCAAAUCUCAUCGCAAGCGGGUCAAGCAGCUGAGUGAUGGGCAGCCCCCGCCGCCCGCUCAGGGUUCAGGACAGCUGCUGGCCAGCCCCAGCACCAACACCAGCGCAGGUUACGAAUUUCGGACAGGAAUAAUAUGGAAUCAAUGCUCUGUUCCUCUGAUUGAAUUCUGCCAGGUCUCAGGCAGUACUUGCCACACUACUCCACUUCCUGCUCUCGUGCGCACACCUACCCUGAUGAUGCAGCCUUCACUGGAUAUCAAACCAUUUAUGUCUUUUCCAGUGGACAGUAGUUCUGCUGUUGGGCUCUUUCCAAAUUUUAACACAAAAAGAAGAGGCUUAUUUGGGACCAAUAAAUUCUGCCAGAUGGAUCCUGUGCAAAAAGCAGUCAUUAACCACACUUUUGGAGUGUCCAUUCCCCCAAAGAAGAAACAAGUUAUUUCUUGCAAUGUCUGUCAGCUUCGCUUUAAUUCAGAUAGCCAGGCCGAGGCCCACUACAAAGGAAGUAAACAUGCCAAGAAGGUCAAAGCACUAGAGGCAACGAAAAAUAAACCCAAAAUGGUUUCUUCCAAGGACAGCGCAAAGGCUAAUCCCAGCUGCUCCAUCACUCCAAUCACAGGCAACAGCUCUGACAAAUCAGAAGACAAAGGGAAGCUAAAAGUCAACAGUUGCAGUCAGCCAUCAGGCUCUGAAGGGGGCUCCUAUCUCCUCAAAUCUGGCACAGCACCCUUGCCACCUGGAGCAGCCACUUCUCCCUCGAAGAGCACAAAUGGAGCUCCUGGUACUGUUUCUGAAUCAGAAGAAGAAAAAGCCAAAAAACUACUGUAUUGUUCACUAUGCAAAGUGGCUGUGAACUCCCUGUCACAGCUAGAGGCACACAACACAGGUUCUAAACACAAGACCAUGGUUGAAGCUCGUAACGGGGCUGGUCCAAUUAAGUCCUAUCCUAGACCUGGAUCAAGGUUAAAGAUGCAGAAUGGCAGUAAGGGCUCAGGACUUCAGAACAAGACAUUUCAUUGUGAGAUCUGUGAUGUUCAUGUUAAUUCAGAAAUUCAACUCAAGCAGCACAUUUCUAGCCGAAGGCAUAAGGAUCGAGUUGCAGGGAAACCACUGAAGCCGAAAUACAGCCCUUACAACAAACUCCAGCGGAGCCCAAGCAUUUUAGCAGCAAAACUCGCAUUCCAGAAAGACAUGAUGAAGCCUUUGGCCCCGGCCUUCCUGUCCUCGCCGCUGGCGGCGGCGGCGGCGGUGUCGUCGGCGCUGUCGCUGCCGCCCCGGCCGUCGACGUCGCUCUUCCAGGCGCCAGCCAUCCCCCCCGCGCUGCUGCGGCCCGGCCACGGGCCCAUCCGCGCCACGCCCGCCUCCAUCCUCUUCGCGCCCUACUGACGGCCGGCGCCCCGGGCCGCCGCCGGAGCAAGGCCCCGCGGGGUGCGGUGGCGGGCGCCUUCCGUGUUGCGGCCCCCCACCUGCCCCGGCCACCAAAGGCGGCGCACCCCCCCAGCCCCGACUCCAAAGACUAGCAGCUCACUAGGCUCAAGAGUGCUUUUAGGGACCGCUCCCACCGUUAGGGACCCGAGCAGCCCAGGCUUUACCCCCGCCCCUCCCCCACCCGAUCUGUGUCUCUGAGAUAAUUGGUUUCUUGCAAAUGUAUCGGUCAGAAAACAAAACAAAACAAUGUAUCUAUAUGCCAUUCGCCGACUCCUUUUCCAUGGGUGUGAUCUGGCUUAGAAAUGAUAAGGAAUAUUUUCCUGACAGACUUGAAAACUAGGGUCUUCCUCACACGUCUGUAAAUAACUCUGGAAUCCAACGGGGCACAUUCUAGUGUGGAACAAAACUAGAUGACCACAAGUGCUCACUUGUGGAUACCAUCUUACCAACGGAUCACAACGUUUUCUUUUCUGGUGUACUAUUGUCGACAGGGAUUGUGUACUGUUUUAGACCCAAGUACUGUUGUAUCCUGUGUAGUACUAGUUCUGUAUCCCCUGUCUGAAUUCAACAUUUUUAGUUGCCGUGUCAAUGUUAGGAAGCAAAGUAGCUUUCAAUUUUCUCUUUAAGAGAACAAAUGAUAAAGUAAUGUAUUUUCUUUACUUCACGUUUUAUUUGGUGAUAUUUAAAAGAACUAGAAAGCCAUAUAACAUAGCUAUAAUUACUACCUGUUUGCUACUUUUGUUUAACUUAUUUUGUAGCUUCCUCACUAGUUUGAGUUGCUAAGCAAAUGUAUACAACCAGAAAAAAAGAGCUCCCUCGGCUGCACAUUUUUGCACCUCUUGUGCGUAUUCUGCAAGGAGACAAUGAAUCCAUGUAUUUCUACAUUAUUAUCUUCUUCAUUUUUAACCUGUUUUCAUUUGUAAUGAUGCUACAUAAUUUUGUGGCUCCCUAAUGCAAUAAUGUACAGAAGAUAAAAAAAAUUUAUAACUGAACAAUUUGUCUUUCUGUUCACCGAAUAUGUUGCAGGUCAUGCUCCUGUGCCCCCCUUUCUAAACUGGUAUCAACAAGACUGGAAUGUUUGUGGUAUCAGGGGCAAGAGAUAUCAUAAAACAAAACAGAGUGAACUCUUUUAGAGCAUCUAUAUCUGCAAUCUGUAAAUGGUAAAACGUCUGUGUAUUUUUUUAAAUGUACCUUUUCAAUAAAAGUACAAAAAGCAAAA